AACACUUUACACUUUAGAAAUUUUUGAAUCACAUUCACAUGGAUAAUGAAAUUGAAGUUCCUCAAUAUUUCAUAUGUCCAAUUUCACUUCAAAUCAUGAAGGAUCCUGUGAUUGCCAUAACAGGAAUCACAUAUGAUAGAGAAAGCAUUGAGAAAUGGCUUUUCAAGAACAAGAACACAACAUGUCCAGUUACCAAAAUGCCCCUACCAAAUGAUUCUGAUCUUACACCAAACCAUACCCUUCGCCGUUUGAUCCAAGCAUGGUGCACUCAAAAUUCUUCACUGGGAAUUGAUAGAAUCCCAACACCAAAGCCCCCACUUAACAAAGUUCAAGUUUUGAAGCUCCUUAAGGAUCUUAAGGACCCAAGAUUGAAGAUCAAGAGUUUAAGGCAAUUGGAGCUUCUUGCAACUGAAAAUGAGAGGAACAAGAAGUGUUUGCUUGAUUCUGGUGUCCCAAAAGCCAUGAUCAUGUUCAUAUUGGAUUGUUACAAAAAGGGUAUCAAUCAAAUUGGUGAAGGUAUUGAAGAAGCUCUUAGUUUGUUACAAUUUGUUAAGGUUUCUUCCGAGGAUGUUAAGAUUCUUAUGUCCGAGAAUGUUUUUGAUUUGGUGUUGGAUUCUCUAACAUGGCUUCUGGGGUGCGAUUUUUCGGAGAAUUCGGCGACUGUAAAAUCACAAGCUGUUCUAGUGAUCAAGAACUUGAUCCAAAGGGGUGAUUCAAGUGUUAUUCAGAGGCUUAAAUUUGAGUUCUUUGAGAAGAUUGUGAAGGUUUUGAGAAAUGGUGUUGUAACACAACAAGGUAUUAGCGGCGCUUUGAAAGUGUUGCUAAGUGCUUGUGCGUAUGGAAGAAACAGGAUCAUGAUGGUGGAAUGUGGUGCAGUUUUUGAGAUGAUUGAGAUUGAAAUGAGAACACCUGAGAAGAUAAUCACUGAAUUAACAAUGUCUAUUCUGUUUCAUCUAUGUUCAUGUGCUAGUGGAAGAGCUCAAUUCUUGUGUCACAAAGGUUCAAUGGCGGUUUUGACUGAAAGGAUUUUGAAGGUUUCAGCGGCGGUUGAUGAUAGAGCUAUAAUUAUUCUAUCAUUGAUAUCCAAAUUCUCUGCUACAAAUUUGGUGCUUCAAGAGAUGUUGAAGGUUGGAACUGUUGCAAAGCUUUGUCUGGUUCUUCAGAGUGAUCAUGCAAAGUACAUCAAAGAAAAAGCAAUGGAAAUUAUUAAGAAUCAUUCUGAGGUUUGGAGGAACUCUCCUUGUUUUCCUGAUAAGUCUUCUUUUUUUUGGCAAGUUUGCAUAAGUGAAUUAAUUAAUUAAUUAAUUAAAAAUGCAAACUUAUGAU